AUGUACUUCAAAGUUUUGGCCACUUCUGAGACGACCGAGACUUCUGUGACCUCAUUUCUAGGAAAGUUCAUGAACGCUAUGACAACACCUGUAUCGGGGUUGCUAUCUGCGAGACUGCUGCUUUACUUGCGACAAUACAACGACCGUAAAGUCCGUGGAACGUCUUUUGGUACUCGCACUGAAGGCCUUGCGUACGGAACCGACGACCUUGUGUUCAACCACUCUCAGGCUCCGGGUAUGGACGGCACUAGUAACACAUUUGCGUCUUCCACGAAUACCUUGUAUCAAGAACCUGAGUUUGGAAGCAACAGCGUGACGGGUUUGGGUGCUGUUCUGACUCGCGAAGGCAGACACGAGGUGAUGUAUCCGUAG